UGAGCGUGUGCGCGCGUCCUGCCGGAGCGGGGAGCAGGGGGGAGCCCGGCAGCCCCGCGGGGCGAGCACCUCGGCACCUCAGCGCAGAGUGGCGGCGCAGACUCGGCGGGGAGCCGGGCGGGAGCCGGGGCUAGCAGCGCCAGUGCACGGGCGGCCGCCGCGGGACCUUUCCCCCAGCCGCCGCCACUACAGGUUGCAUCGCGCUCCGCCUCAGCAGCAGCAGCUCCCCCUGGCCGCCCCGCGGCGCGGCUCCCGCUGCAGGAGGGGCUGCAUCUCCCCCGCCCCCUUCUCUCUGCCGGGCGGCGCUGCAGAGGGCGGAGCUGGGAGCCGGGGAGGGCUGGCCCCGGUGCCUGGCUCCCGGCGGGCGGCGCUGCUGGGUUGCUCUGGGAGGCUCCCCGGGGCUGGGCGCGGAGCUGCGGGCUCGGGGGUGUGAGCGGCCGGGUAGGGCGCCCCCAGGAUGCUGCGGUUCCUGCGCAGGACCUUUGGCCGGCGGUCGAUGCAGCGCUACGGGCGAGGAGCUGGACGUGGAGCCGGGCGAGGAGGCGCCUUUGGGGUGGGGGACGAGCGGGACGGGGGGCUGAGAGGAGCCGCCGCCGCAGAGGGGUUCCCCUCUUCCCCGCACCCCGGAGGUGCUGGGCACAGCGCCGGAGCCGCCGUCCACAUCCCGGCGGCCGGAGACAGCAAAGCGGCGCUGCACUGCCGGGUCCUCCUGCUGGACGGGACCGACGUCAACGUGGAGCUGCCGAAAAAUGCAAAAGGGCUGGAUUUGUUUGACCAGAUUGUCUACCAUUUGGACCUUGUGGAAACUGAUUACUUUGGCCUGCAGUUCAUGGAUGCCUCCCAGGUUACACACUGGCUGGACCAUUCUAAACCAAUUAAGAAGCAAAUAAAAAUUGGACCGCCAUACACUUUGCAUUUUCGAAUUAAAUAUUACUCAUCAGAACCGAACAACCUUCACGAGGAGUUUACAAGGUACCUGUUUGUAUUACAGCUCCGACAAGACAUUCUUUCGGGAAAACUGAAAUGUCCGUAUGAUACUGCUGUGGAACUAGCAGCUCUAUGUCUUCAAGCUGAACUUGGAGAGUGUGAGCACCCAGAACACACACCAGAACUAGUGUCUGAAUUCAGAUUUACACCAAACCAGACUGAAGCUAUGGAAUUUGAUAUCUUUCAGAAAUGGAAAGAGUGCAGGGGAAAAACCCCAGCACAGGCUGAAUUGUGCUACUUGAACAAAGCUAAAUGGUUGGAAAUGUAUGGUGUAGAUAUGCAUGUGGUUAAGGGAAGAGACGGAUGUGAUUAUGCACUUGGACUUACGCCAACAGGCAUAUUGAUCUUUGAAGGAGCAAACAAAAUAGGUUUAUUUUUUUGGCCUAAAAUCACUAAAAUGGACUUCAAAAAGAGCAAAUUAACACUUGUGGUCGUAGAAGAUGAUGAACAGGGCAGAGAACAAGAGCACACAUUUGUUUUCCGGUUAGACAAUGCAAAAACAUGCAAACAUUUGUGGAAAUGUGCUGUGGAACACCAUGCAUUCUUCAGACUGCGAAUACCAGCAAACAGUAAAUCUAGCAGAUCUGACUUCAUAAGGCUGGGUUCACGCUUCAGAUUCAGUGGUCGAACAGAGUAUCAAGCAACACAUGGAUCCAGGUUACGCAGAACCAGUACAUUUGAAAGAAAACCCAGCAAACGGUAUCCAUCGCGAAGGCAUUCAACUUUUAAAGCAAACAAUCCUGUGAAGGCAGCACAACUGUGUGCAAAAAAUAAUCCUGAAGUCCACAACUACCAGCCACAGUAUCACCCUAAUAUACAUCCUGGUCCACCACACUGGCACCCUCAUACUCCUGUGAACGUAAGGCCACCCUACCAUGAUGACAGGCCAUAUUGGAAACCAACCACAAGUGGAGAGGACCGCAAUUUACAGUAUAUCCAAGAUCAGAACCAGAAGAAUUUAGGAGGAAUCCAAAGUAUGGUGUAUCAAGAUAAACUCAUGACAACACUUUGAGAAACUGGGUCAUCCUAAUUUCACCUACCAUCUUAGAUGAUCAUUACAUUCCAUAAGCAUUGUCUGUUUGUGCAUUAUGUUAAAAGUAUAUUGUGUAAAAAGUGUGUGUCUUAAUCUGUAGGGCCAUCUUGUUGUUUAGUUAGUGUUCCUAGACAAUCUUGAAAGAAGUAUUUUCAAUAUUUUUGUAAAAAUCUGAUAAGUUUUGUGAAAACUGGUCAGAGUUCACUGUGGCUCAAGUUCUGAAAUUUUUGUAAAUUGUUAAAUUUAUCAUAUUUUUGUGCAACUCUGGGCAUGUUUCUUUAAAAUAUUACACACCACAUCUAAUUAUUUUAUCAGCUUGUUUAAUUUAUGAACCCAGUUAAAAAAUGAAGGAUCAGAAAUUUAGUUUCUUAACUGAUACAAGAACAGGAGAUGUGAAACAAAUGAAAAACAGAAUCAAAACUCAUUUUUGUAAUUAAAAAUGACUUAAAUGGCCAGUGAUAAAGGGAUCCUGUUGACAUAAUCAAAGGUUUUUUUCCCACAAAAUAAAAUUACAGGUGUUUAUAUAACUUUAAACACAAGUAUAGGGAAAACACUAUAAUGUUAAACUUAAUAGAUUACUCUAUUACUACUCAGAUGUAUUCAUUAAACCAAUGAGAAAUUGCAUACUAUGCCUAAAGGUAGUAUUUGCUGCUAUGAACACAAGGAAUGUUUAAAAAAAAUAAUGCCUUAAUAAUGGGUGCUGCUGUCUUUUUUCUGAUUUUUUUUUAAAUGAAAUUGUGAAUGUAAACCAUGAGGAAACAUAAAACUACCUUGUGAAAAAUUUUCUCCAAGAGGGUGAUUCAAGAGGUAGCUUGUAAUCAAUGUAGUACUUGAGGGAAGGGGAAACGGGGGUCCUGAUUAAAUAAAAAAGAUGUUAGACUUCUGCGAAGUUGGAUGUACACUUUACAAACUCAGGCCCUUACAUAGGCGUGACUGGUAUUUUGAUCACUUGCCUAUAUUUUAAUUAGAAAGUCGUAGCGCCAUCUUUAUUCAUAUUUUCUUAUUAAUUUGGCCUUACAACUGAUCUUUUGAAGUUUGCUGGAAUAAGUAAUAUCUUUAUAUUUGGGAUAUCUUAAACUGGUAGGUUUUUUUAACUUGAUUUUAAUAAACCCUGCAUUUGUAAAUAGGGAUAACCCUGCAUUUUUUCAGAGCAAAUUUGAUAGUAUAUAACUUUGUGAAGUAUAUUUGUUUACAAAUGCUAUCAUUAAUAUUUGUUUUGAUCUUCCUUGUAUGUGCUAAGUACAAAUAAACAUUCUCAAGCUUCUGGAUUUGUUUUGGAUAUAUUAUUAUUUAUCUGUUUAAAAGAUAUUAAUGCAAUUUUUGUGGAAGUUAGGGGAAUGAUACACCACUGUGUUACUCCAGUUUUACGCUCGGGUCACGCUGUUGCUACAAUGGUGGCACCUGGAGUAACCCAGUGAUAAAUCAGGCCCAAGAUUUUUCAUUGGAAUCCACUGGAAAUACUUGAAUGUACAGUUCACUGCAAUGUGAAAGUGCC